AUGCAACUUUCAUAUUGUAAUUUAUGUUCCGGAGGAAAAGAAUUACCUUGUUUAUCAAAUUGUAUAAAUGUUAUUGAAAGUUGUCUUAUAAAUGUUUCUUUAAUUAAUGAUGUAUGGAUUAAUUUUAUUGAUUCUAUUGAAAAUAAUGCAUAUUUUAAUGGAAUUGAAAAGACUUUAUCAUCCAUUGGUAUAUCGAUUUCCAAUGCUCUUUUAACCCUUUUUAAUUCUGAUGGAAUACAAAACAAGGAUAUCAUCGAUCAAUGUGGAUAUAUACAU